CCCAGAUACCCCAGCAGCGCAUCAGGAGCUGGCGUGUAGGCUACGUCGUUUUACCCGCGAAUAAUUCUGCGUAACUGCAUACUGAGAGGUUUUCUUCACAUACAUCACCAGAAGCAGCGACUGCACCUGUAUGAUGACAGAUUAAAAGCCCAUUCCUGUGUCCGUGGAAACCCCAGCCAAACCAAAGCUAAACAAGAAGGACUCUAGAGCUGGACAGCGCUAUCGCUUCCUUUGGGUAUGGACCUCAAGACCUGUUAUGCCCACUGUGUGCUGCUGCUGGUGCUGGUGCUGCUGGGCAGUUUUCCCGGCCCACUACGGGGUUUCCCUUUUGGUCCAGAUCUCCAGCUGGAUGCUCCGCCCAGGACCACAGUGCUCUUUAAUGGACUGCUGGGCUGCAAUCGUUUCCGUGGGUCUGCGCUGGACUACAGUGCCCUGCUCCUGGAGGAGGAGGCUGGGGUGCUGUACGCCGGAGCCAGAGAGGCCAUCUACGCCCUGGACAUCGCCAACAUCUCCUCCCCCAGGGCCAACCACUCAAUCAAGUGGCCAGCACCAGCUGAGCAGAAGAGGCAGUGCCUGAACAAAGGCCGAGACAAUCAGACGGAGUGCUACAAUCACAUCCGCUUCCUGCAGAGGCUAAACGAGACUCACCUGUACACCUGUGGAACGCAUGCCUUCAGGCCACUCUGUGCAUACCUUGAUGUGGAACAGUUCCGCCUGUCGCGCAUCGAGGAUGGCCGAGACAGGUGUCCCUAUGACCCAGCGAAAGGCUACACAGGCCUCCUUGUGGAUGGCGAUAUGUUCUCUGCCUCUCAGUACGAGUUCCGGAGCACACCUGAUGUCCGACGCAACUUUCCAUUUCCUCUACUGAGGGCAGAAGAGGCUCCAACCAGAUGGCUUAUGGAGGCUGACUUUGUGGACUCAGCCCUGCUGAGAGAGAGCGUUAACAGCUCCAUCGGGGACGACGAUAAGAUCUACUUCUUCUUCACAGAGAAGAACCAGGAGCAGACGGCGUAUUCCAGCCAGAGAAGGGUGGCCAGAGUGGCACGAGUAUGCAGGGGGGACAUCGGUGGCCAGCGGACGCUGCAGCGGCGCUGGACGUCCUUCCUGAAGGCCCGGCUGCUGUGCUCCAUCCCGGACUAUGAGCUGCAGCUCAACGUAGCAGCCGUGCUGGAGGGCUCGGCAGGACAGCCGCCUUCACCGUGGUUUGGACUGGAGUGGAAAAAUGUGAAGGUGUCAGCUGUGUGCCUGUACUCCGUCGCUGACAUCCAGAAGGCCUUUGAUGGACCCUUCAUGGAGAACCAGGACUCAAAAUGGAGAGAGUUCAUAGGGAAGGUUCCAGAACCCAGGCCUGGUUCGUGUAUAACCAACCAGCACCGGGCUCUACUCAUUAAUUCAUCACGUGACCUCCCCGACAACCUUCUCACCUUCGUGCGCCGGCACCCUCUCAUGGCCUCCCCAGUGCUGCCACUCCGAGGGCGCCCUCUAGUGUUCAAAAAGAGUAUCAACUACAGCAAGAUCUCCGUGCUUCCCGUGGCUGCUGUGGAUGGGGUUGUCUAUAAUAUGCUCUUCAUUUGCACAGAUGAGGGCUGGCUCCACAGGGCAGUAGAGGUUGGAGAUCAUGUCCACAUUAUCGAGGAGCUUCAGCUGUUCAGUGAGCCGCAGCAGAUCUACAGCAUGGUGAUAUCUCAAGCGCAGAGGAGUAUGUACCUAAGCUCUCAGUCUGGCCUGGUGCAGGUGCCUUUGGCCACCUGCCAGAAAUACACCUCAUGUUACGACUGUGUGUUUGCCCGGGACCCAUUCUGUGGAUGGGAUGGCACGACAUGUGCUGAUGUUUCUCUGCACACAGACAGGUCCAGUCUUAUUCAAGAUAUUGAAAUGGGGAAUAGGGGUUGUCCCAGCAUCACAGGUGAUGGUUCAACAGUGCACCGUGUCAGAUCUGUGAUGGCGGGGGACGAUGUGCUCCUUCAGUGUGAACUCCUCUCCAACCUGGCAACCCCACUGUGGACGCUAAACGGCCGGGACCUGCCAGGCCCCGGGCUGGGCUCCAGUUACCGAGUCGGCACGGACGGCCUGCUCAUCAUCGGUGCCCAACCCAAACAGAGCGGCUCAUACCGCUGCUUCUCGCAGGAGAACGGCCUCAGGCAGCCAGUGCGGCGGUACACCGUCAGGAUCCAGGCCCCGGUUCUGCCCACGGGCCCGGGAGAUUCAACAGAACUGCCCGAGGAGUUCCUCAGUAGCCUUCCACCUCCGUCCUUCGGCCCCUCGGACCAGCCCGUGUCCUCCCCGCUGGCUCCUCUCCCCUCUGGGCCGGAGUCGCAGGCCUACAGGCACAUGGAGGCCCUGUACAUGUCUCUGGUGGCCGUGCUGGGCGGCCUGUGUCUGGUGCUGACCGUGGUGCUGCUCUACGUCAGUUUCUGCGCCAGAGGAAGGGCCGGCAGCCCCAACAGGAAGUACUCGCAGCAGGGCGUGAUGGCGGCAGCGGUGGCGGCGGCGACGGAGCGCAAGCGGAGCUCCCACCUGGAGCUGAAGACCAUCUCCAGCCACUGCAACGGGAGGGUGUCGCGGCGUGGGACUGCCGCUGGCGAGGACGGCAGCCUGCUGCAGAUCGUGCCCGGCGAAGGUGGCCAGCUGGGUUCGCCCGGCGGCAGCAGCGGCAACAACAGGGACCGGACGCCACCCCCGGCCCCGCCUCUCCCCAUGCCGCCACCACUGCCCGCGUCGGAGUUCGCCAACGGGCUGUCGGCCACGCUGCCCAGCGUGCUGCGGAAGAUGAACGGGAACAGCUAUGUGCUGCUGGGCCAGGCGGAAGGCGAGACCACCUCACCCCUCUACCACUCCUUCACCGAGGAGCUCAACCGCAUUCUGGAGAAGCGGAAACACACUCAGCUCGAGGACGUGCAGACGGAUGAGAGCUCCGUGUAGCCCCCUCCACCCCCAACCACCCUGCUCUUAACCCCUCUCCCACCUCCACCCCACCCCACCCAAAUCCACCCGUACCCCUCGUCAGUUUGUGGUGGUCGUGGAUGGACCUGCUGUGCAAUAAGAUCUUUGUUUUGUUUCUGUGAAAACCCCCAGUGUAACAACGGAGUAAAACUAUUGAAAUCUGUACCUCUGUUUGUUGCUCACGCAAGCUGAACUCAACUGAACUGGCGUGAACUGAGCUGACAUUACGUUUCAAUCACAUAUCGGAUUAACCCCCACAAAUGUAGAUAAUUUGUUCAUGAUGUUAUAUUUAUUUAAUGUAAUGUACCUGAUCUCUGGGGAAGAAUAUUAGCAGUUCCUCAAAACAGCUGAGGCAUUUAUGUAUGAUAUUGGAAGAGGAAAAUGGCCAUAAGUUUUGAAGCCUAAGAUUCUGUCUGUGACAUUGGAUCAUUGGUUGACUUGAGAGGUCAAAGAUAGGCACUGGACUCGUAUGGACUGAAAAACAUUUUGUUUGAUCCUUUGUGGAAUUGUCUUUUGUACAGUAUAAUACAUUCAAAAAUAACCAAGUUUCCAAAUGCAGCCAACAGUAGCAACUUAAUGACACUAUGGUGACAUUACAGCAGGUAAAUGCAUUGUGAACUACUCCUGUGCUGACAAAGGUGUUUGUCAGGUGUGCUCAGAUGAAGAAAACCACAGUAUUAAAGCCCAGGUUUGGCCCUCUACAUAUUCAA